GCUCCAUAUGCGCCCCGCAAGCAAGAGCUCUUGAUGACAGCACAAUUGCCAACUGAUGAACUGAGCACCCUAUUAAUGGAGCUCUUAUCAGCCAUCUUGUCAGGAAGGCCAGCCGCGGCCAUGAGAGAGGCGCGGCCGUGUUCCCGGCGGACAGGCAUCUUAUCUGUCGAUGGUCUUGUUGUCCAAUGCCGCGACCCCGCUCCAGAUCUUGGGAGACGAGCACAGUGCAAAUAGGUGGAUUGAUAAACGACGUUGCUGCUCCCCAAUUCUUUUCAUCGUCUUGUCUCCACUAUCCAGCUCUUUUUCAACCCCGAUAAAUACACAUUAACAAGUUUGCCCGAAAGCAAUAGUCAUCAUGGGCAGGGAAGGCUUGAGAUACGCAGCAAAGGUAGAGCUCGACAAAGAUGCGGGCACGCUUCCUUAUUUGCAUAACCGAUGGCAUCCUGACAUCCCAACCAUUGGCGACAUCAAAGAUGGAGAAACCGUCAAAAUCGAAUGCGUCGACUGGACUGGAGGACAAAUCGGAAACAACGAUUCGGCCGAUGACAUGCGAGAUGUCGAUUUGACCAAGAUUCAUUAUUUGACUGGACCUUUCAAUGUUGAGAAUGCUGAGCCGGGUGAUAUUCUCGUGGUGGAUAUUCAGGAUGUGCAGCCUUUGGAGCAUCAGCCUUGGGGGUUUACUGGGGUUUUUGCGAAGGAGAAUGGUGGAGGUUUCCUCGAUGAGAUUUAUCCCAAGCCCGCUAAAGCGAUCUGGGAUUUCGAAGGCAUUAAUUGUUCUUCUAGACACAUUCCCGGAGUCCGUUUCGCUGGCCUGAUCCAUCCUGGCAUUCUGGGUUGCGCUCCAUCGCAAGAGGUCCUCGAGCUGUGGAAUAAGCGUGAGGGCGAGUUGAUCUCUGCUUGCAGCCACAUGAACCGCGAUGUCGCCAAGCCUCCCGAGCCGGUCAAUGUCCAUGUCGGCACAGGAGACGACAAAAUUAAAGAGAAGGUCGGCAGGGAAGGAGCGCGAACCAUCCCAGGUAGACCCGAACAUGGAGGAAAUUGUGAUAUCAAGAACUUGAGUCGAGGAUCGAAAGUUUACCUUCCUGUGCAUGUCAAGGGAGCUAAAUUCUCGGUCGGUGAUUUGCAUUUCUCUCAGGGUGAUGGGGAGAUCAGCUUUUGCGGAGCCAUCGAAAUGGCCGGCGUAAUAACCAUAAAAUUCUCCGUCAUGAAAAACGGCCUCUCACGCCUCGGCACCAAAUCCCCAAUCUACAUCCCCGGUCCCGUCGAACCACAAUUCGGUCCCGGACGAUACAUCUACUUCGAAGGGUUUUCCGUCGACGAAAAUGGCAAACAACACUAUUUAGAUGCCACAGUCGCCUAUCGUCAAACUUGUCUGCGAGUGAUCGAAUAUCUUCGAAGAUACGGAUAUGAUGAUUAUCAGAUUUAUUUGUUGUUGUCUUGUGCUCCUGUACAAGGACAUAUUGCGGGGAUUGUGGAUAUUCCGAAUGCGUGUACGACGUUGGGGCUGCCGAUUGAUAUUUUUGAUUUUGAUAUUCGGCCGGAGGCGGAGGUUGUGAAGAGGGAUUUGGGGGCUUGUGCAAAGGCCAGUUCUUGAGGUGGGGAGUGCAGAGUAAUUGUGCGAAUGACGGGGCAAGUACUUGUGAAGGAUUCCAUUUUUGCAGUACGUUUGAACUUCGAGGAUGGGUACGCAGCUAUGCAAUGUAUUGGAUGGGC